AUGGCGGCCGUCGCGUACGGCGCGGAGGAGAAGAAGAACGAGAAGCGCGGCCUGCUCGGGCUCGGCUACGGGCUCUCGUCGGCGCCUUUGAUCAGCCACGGGGUCGGCUUGGACUACGGCUACGGCGGCCACGGGCUCGGCGUCGGGCUCGGCUACGGGCUCGCGGGCCACGGGCUCGGCGUCGGGCUGGCUGGCCACGGGCUCAGCCUCGGCCACGGCAUCGUCUCCUCCGCCCCCGUGAUCAGCCAUAGCGUGUACAGCUCCCCCGUUUAUAGCCACGGGCUGGGCUACGGGGCGCCCCUCCUCGGCCUCGGCCACGGCUACAUACAU